CAGCUCGCGGAGCCUCAACACUGUUAACGAGCCGCGAUUCAUUUUCAUCUGAUCAUUGGGCAUCUGCCUUCGAAAUCCACUGUACUGCAAUCAAAGAGGCGUGGUGGUCGGAUUCUUGGCCUUCGAAGGUCUUCAACUUGCGAAAAGAGGCUGACACGGAAGGUUGAUCCCAAUCCGUUACACCCGAACAGCGUCUUUAUAUAACAGUCUGAACGUGCUGAGGCCAUGCUACGUCCUGCAAAUCUGCCUCAUUUCUCAUAUGCGCCUCUUCAACCCAUUUUCGCGUCGCAACGUCCAUAUAUCAACCCGUACCUUGCUCAAAACUUCUGGACCCGCCACGUCCGUCGUGUUCAAUCCUCGUCAGCAGCCCAAGGGGCUUACCUACGCUCAGUUCGCUCCAAGAAAGCUCUAGUAUGGCUCUGCAUUGGUACUAAUUGCAUCGUCUGGCUCUCUUGGCAAGCAUCCAGAAGGGAGGGCGGCACCUCAAAGCAAGCCGCUAAGAUCCGGAAACUUGGUUUGGAUCUCCAGAAGAAUUUCUUGCUUGCUACACGCAAUGUUCGCGAAGGAAGGUGGUGGGUCCUCAUCACCAGCGCAUUUAGCCACAUAAGCUUUUGGCAUUUGUUUGUGAACAUGUUCACGUUCCAGCAACUUAGCCAGGUCUUGGUUUACACUCCCGGGUUGACGGCGUCGCGACACUUGGCUCCUUUAAUUUUCGGUUCUGCGCUGGCAGGAUCCGCGGCUUUUCUUUCACACGAAAGCGCGUCGUCCAGAUCUCAGCGGGUAGGCUUGGGAUUCAGCGGUGUGGUAUCGGGAGUCGUGACCAGCGCCGCGUGUCUAAUGCCACAUCAACAGAUGCUGUUAUUUGGCGUUGUGCCACUUCCGUUAUGGGCAUUAGCUAUUGGUUAUAUUGCGUAUGAUACGUAUGCAAUGGAUGGUGAUACAAGUGUAGCCCAUGACGCUCAUGUUGGGGGUGCUAUAUUCGGGGGAGCAUUCUACAUGUUGGCUUUGAAGAGAUUUGGAGGCAUUCUGGGCCCGAGAAUGCGAUAAGCCGUUUGCUGUUGCCCGAGGUAGUACUCGGCACAAGGCGUUACCGAGAGGUAGACGCUAGAUGCAGACGAUUACUUCGUUGAAGUACCAUGUUUCAUUUAGUCAUAUACGAGAUGAGGGAAGCUUGUACUCGGUGGUUUUCUAUGCGGACAGCUUAAGUCACCGCAUUGUUGCUAAAGCCUAUCAUGGCAUAGAUUGGUACCUUUCUUCUGCCUAUAAAAGCAUGUUUCGUUCAGAAGGCAUCCCCUUAAAUAUCAUCUUUGUAUCUAUAUAACCAGGUUUUUAUUUUCAAAUAUUUUACGCUAGUGAUGUAGGCAAUCUAGUGCUUACUAUAAUAAUACUAGUGAUUCGCCC